AUGAGACAGGCGGAAAACCGCAAGGGUCGAAUUAUUGGCUACAAAUCAACGCAAAAAUGGCAAAGUGCCAAUGAACUUCCGAUUUUGGGAACAGAUAAUCUGCGCGAAAAGUGUCCAAGAAAUCAAAAGUUUCUUCAAAGGUUAGGAAACGGUCCCUAUGUGAAAGCGAAACCUAAGGGAUGCAUUUCGCACAACAAGCAGAAGAAAAUUCCAAUUGGUCAACAGGAUGAUUUUGGAGAUUAUACGUAA